ACCGGUAUGAGCGAGUUCCACACAUGAGGCUACGGAGCUCUGAUUCAAACGGAUGCGUAUCUGGAGUUGGAGUGAUUUAACAUCGAGUCGGAUAGUCGUUAAUAGCUGCUGAUAUAGUCACUUUAUCUGAAUUCUCAAACAGGGUUCUGCUUCCACAUCGGUUUAACUCGUUCAUUAUCCCGCGCGCGCUAUCAUAACGAGACUGUCUGCGCGCGCCCGCUCUUUAGCUCACGGGUUAGCUCCUUUCUCACGAGACCCACACCUGAAACGCGCGGAUGUACCCCUGCUCAUCUGCAGUUACAGUUGCACAAUGGCAGUCUAUUCAAUCAGUUUGAUAUCUCAGCACCAAAGGAACAUCAACAAAUCUAGUAAAAUUACAGGAUAGCAAUAAGCCCACACUUUACCUCUUGUUUUUCUGGUUAGUACUGGUUAAACGCAUUAAAAGUUUACACUGUUAAUAACGUAACCCUGUUAAAAACAGGCAGUUCUAGAGAAGUUAAUUAUUUAUUUUACCACUUACCUCUUCAUUUUACAAGCUGUUCAGAAAUAGCAUUAUAGUAAUACCUAUUUUGACAGGCAUUCAUUACCUUUAAGAUUGUGAAUCAGUUUCCUUAUAGCCUAUAAUCAUGGUUUCAACAACUACCGCUGCACUAAUACUGACCAGCGCAGUGGGGCUGGCGACCCAUACGGCUCUGACAGAGUACACAUGGUUGCUGAUUGUCGGCUUCGUCAUCGCCUUCAUCCUCGCCUUCUCCGUGGGUGCCAAUGAUGUUGCCAACUCUUUUGGCACAGCCGUCGGCUCUGGAGUGGUCACCUUGCGACAGGCAUGCAUUCUGGCCACUGUGUUUGAGACUUUGGGCUCUGUGCUCCUUGGGGCCAAAGUGAGUGAAACCAUCCGCAAGGGUAUCAUCGAUGUGGGCAUGUACAAUGGCUCCGAGCAUGUGUUGAUGGCCGGAUCUAUCAGUGCCAUGUUUGGUUCUGCUGUGUGGCAGCUGGCCGCUUCCUUCCUUAAGCUUCCCAUCUCUGGAACACACUGCAUUGUUGGUGCUACUAUAGGCUUCUCGCUGGUUGCCAGAGGUCAGCAGGGAGUCAAGUGGCUUGAACUCCUCCGCAUCGUUGCUUCCUGGUUCCUGAGUCCCCUUUUGUCAGGAAUAAUGUCUGCUGUUGUUUUCUACUUUGUGCGCAUGUUCAUCUUACACAAGAAAGACCCGGUACCUAAUGGAUUGAGGGCACUGCCUGUCUUCUAUGCUGUGACUAUGGGAAUCAACCUGUUCUCCAUCAUGUACACUGGAGCUCCGAUGCUCGGAUUUGACAAGAUCCCUUGGUGGGGCACCCUGCUCAUCUCAUUGGGCUUCUCUGUGCUGACCGCCCUUGUGGUCUGGUUUAUUGUCUGCCCUCGCCUCAAGAAGAAGAUUGAACGAGAUCUCAAGUCUUCGAGCCCAUCGGAGAGCCCCCUGAUGGAGAAGAGUGAGCUGAGGGAGGCCCACUAUCCAAUCCUGAAACAGACUGCCAGGGAGACAGCUACGCCUACCGCUCCAGCUGUCAAUCAAAGCGCCUCUGCACAGUCCCAGGAUGCCCCUGAGGAGCGCAGGGUGUCAUUUGACAUUGGCGAUUCUGACGAUGUUGACAAUAAGGAACGUAGGGUAGCGUUUGACAUUGGAGAUUCUGAUGACACCGACUACAGCAAUGCAAAUGAUGCCCCUAAACAGGUUCAAUCAAACAGUCAGGUCAACAGCCAGCAAGUCCAGCACAGCAAUGGCUCCACAAAUUCAGCCAAUCAGGUCCAGUUCAACAAUCAGGUUCAGUUCAACAACCGGCCAGCACAGAUCCCAAGUAACGGUUACAGCCAGUACCACACGGUCCACAAGGACUCGGGCCUCUACAAGGACCUACUGCACAAGCUCCACCUGGCCAAGGUUGGCGACUGCAUGGGCGAGGGGGCCGACCGACCUAUCCGGCGCAACAACAGCUACACCUCCUACACCAUGGCCAUCAUCGGCAUGCACGGAGAGUUCAAGCAUAGAGAAGGGGAGUACCGUGCCUACGAGGAAGACAAGGGUACAGGGCCAGGGGGUCAGGAAAGGAAGCGUGUGCGUAUGGACAGUUACACCAGCUACUGCAAUGCCGUGGCAGAGCACACGACUCCUGAAGCUCUCGGAGAGGGUGACGUGACACUAGAAAUGGUGAAAGAGGAGGCAGGAAGCAGCCAAAGCUCUCUGGAAGACGAUGGUCUUGAGGCAGACAAGCCAGAAGUGUCUACCCUCUUCCAGUUCCUCCAAAUUCUCACCGCCUGCUUCGGAUCCUUUGCCCAUGGAGGAAAUGACGUGAGUAAUGCCAUUGGACCGUUGGUAGCUCUGUGGCUGGUUUACAAAACCAGCAGUGUGACUACAAAUGAACCCACACCCAUCUGGCUGCUGCUCUACGGGGGAGUUGGCAUCUGCGCUGGACUCUGGGUUUGGGGUCGCAGAGUGAUUCAGACUAUGGGCAAGGACCUCACUCCAAUCACCCCCUCAAGUGGUUUCAGCAUCGAACUGGCCUCAGCCGUGACUGUUGUGGUAGCCUCUAACAUUGGUCUGCCUGUCUCCACCACCCACUGCAAGGUGGGCUCUGUGGUUGCAGUAGGAUGGUUGCGAUCAAAGAAGGCGGUAGACUGGCGUCUCUUCAGAAACAUCUUCAUGGCGUGGUUUGUGACUGUGCCCAUCUCUGGUCUGAUCAGUGCUGCCAUCAUGGCCAUCUUCAUCUAUGGCAUCCUUUGAGCCUUCGGCUUUACCCCAAGCAGGGGAGGAGAAAGAAACCGCUUCAGUGCGCACCAGAAGAAGAGUGAAGUUGGAAGGCCAAAAUAUAUCGCUUACCUCAAGCCAACAACUUUGGGAGAAAAAGGAAAGGAGAAAAAAAAGAAAUGUUUGAAAGGACUUGUGAUUAUGGGCCUAUGGUUCUUGGCUGCAUCAUUUUCAACCUAGAAUUUGCCGUUUGUUCCAUUUGGCCACAUUACUUCUAGCAGGAAGCUUGCGUUUCCUUGUUCUGACUUGCUUUUUCAUAUCUCAUCAUUCUGUAACGAGUUAUUCUGAAAGCAUCAACUGAUUAUUAAUUUUUUGUCUUUUCUUCCAUUUUCUUUUUUACUUUGCAAUUAUGUAAAUACAACCAUGUUCUGUUUUAAUUUUGUUUUACACAUUAGAAAGAAGUGAACAACUUAAGAUGCAGUAUAAGCCUUUUGCAGAUGUAACUCAAGUCCUAACACAUGCUGAAAGUAACGUAGAUGCAAAAGCAGUAUUUUUAGGUUUGUGUGUGUGUAUAUGUGCGUGUUUUUUUUUGUUCAAUUCCAAGUAAUUGUUAUAAAUUAAUUCAUGUUUUUCAAUCUGGCUCGGUAUCCCCUGAACUGUGGCGCAUUAGCUGGUCCCCUUCUCUGGUUAUAGAAGAAAAUUGACUUAAACUGACUAAAUUCAGAGAGGUUGGUGAAAGUGUUUUCUAACAUACUUUAAAAAUUAUGCAAUCACAGAUCUGCAGUGUUGUCUUUAUGACAUAAUUCUCUGAAUAGUUUACCAUGGCAGAAGUACCAAUUGUACACUGGAUGACCGACUACAGAAUAUGUGAAAUGCUGUAUCAACAGCAUAAAAGUCAGCGCACUCCCAAAGUCAAUGGAUUACCUGCAAUCCAGUUAUUUUAUCAGAAUGUCCUGAGCCUCUACAUUCUCGAUCAGCGCGGAAAUAAUCGCCUUAUCUUAUUGGUUACUUGAAUUUGAGAAAUGUGACACCAGAAUGUUAACAAACAGAAACACGUGCUCUCAAACAAGUCUCCUGUUAAAACUUGAUUGCAUCAUCUUUGAUGAUUAAAUGCUUAAUGCCUCCUUCAGCCUCCCAGUUCACCGUGUAUUGGCUACUUCCCAGUAUGUUUUCCUUUUCUGUGAAAUUUGCAUCUGCCUAGACAUUUGGGUAGUUCUAGCUAUACCAAACUGCAAGUUCCCUAUCUGGUUGGUUUGGUGUUAAGCUGAUCUGGUCUCUUGUUUGAAUAAGGGUGGACAUACGUUGCAUGCCAACAGUGUGUGGUCAUUUGGCUGCAGUACUAAAUGCAUAUCAGAUCUAUAGCUGCUGUAGUUGCCUUAAUUGUUUUAAUUUUCCCUUAGGUACCAAAGAAAAGUUUUUUUUGUUUUGUUUUUUUAAUGCACAUCAACAUACUCUAGUCCACACUUGUGGAUGGAAAAAAAAAAACCAAAUAAAAAUGGGAAAAUAC